UUUUCUUUCCCUAAACGGCUCUUUUAAGAGCCACCCAUGUUCUCGUUGAAAGAGCAGUAUUCCAUAUUCACUCAUGAUAUCAGAUGCUGCUGAUUGUUUUGGUGGAGUUGAUUCCUGCUUUACAAAACGGUGACAGGAGGGCGCUGGGAGAACAUGAACUGAGUCAGGGCUGAUGGAACUAAUAACAAUUUACAUUUCUAUACAUCGAUAUAUAAACUUUAUAAUAUAUAUGCCUAUAUUCCCUUCUUUCCUUUUUCAUAUCUCUCUCUCACACACCCGUGGGAUGGUUGUCACGCAGGCUGACGCUGGAAUUUGACGGCAUGUUUGUGAUUGGUUUUUCAGCCACAACGAUCUUAACCAAUCAGAGAAGAGCCGUGUUGUCUUUAUCACAGAGGGCUCGAGCUGCAGCGCUUUUUAUUUCAGAGUUGUUCCUGUAACAGAUCUGAGCAGCAGAAUGAGCGGAAGAGGAAAGACCGGCAAGGCUCGAGCCAAGGCCAAGAGUCGUUCAUCCAGAGCCGGACUCCAGUUUCCCGUGGGCCGUGUCUACAGGCUCCUGCGGAAAGGCAACUAUGCCGAGCGUGUCGGCGCCGGCGCUCCAGUUUAUCUGGCCGCCGUGCUGGAGUACCUGACUGCUGAGAUCCUGGAGUUGGCCGGUAACGCCGCUCGUGACAACAAGAAGACUCGCAUCAUUCCCCGCCACUUACAGCUCGCUGUGCGCAACGACGAGGAGCUGAACAAACUGUUCGGCGGAGUGACCAUCGCUCAGGGUGGUGUGCUGCCGAACAUUCAGGCGGUGCUUUUGCCCAAAAAGACCGAGAAGGCCGUCAAGACUAAAUAAACUCACCCACU